ACAUCGACUCCUGCCUGGCAGAAAUCAGAAGGAGCAGCCCGCCAUGGUGGAACUGGCUAUGCCUUCUCUGCCCUCCGCUGGGUGUUGCGGCCGGAACUUGGGUUUAUUGGCAGAAUAUCAAGAUCAAUCAGAGAUGGCAGGAAAUGGAGCUGAAUGAGAAGGCAAGGCUCUAGUUCCCACGCGCAGUCAUUUCUCGGCCAUUCACUGCGGCCAUUCACUGCAGCAAGCAAACCAUCUUUAACAGAUAUUGAUCAUGAUCAAGGGAACUCUGUUCGCACCACACCGUCGAUAUGCCGCCUCAUUCCUUUUCUGAAUGGAUAGUGGGCCAGAACUACAAGAAGCCACACAAGAAACACAAGGAACGCAAACCCUUACGCCAUGUUCUCUCAUUCGAGGUACACACAGACGACGAAUUAGGCAUUGACACCUACGCAUUUGCUGUACCAAGAGGAAGGCCUGCGCAACCCAAGAGUACUCGAGCUACCCCAAAGCCUGCCUUGAGGUAUUCUUCCCCAGAAAGGUCGAGUUCAUUAGAGCCUGAGAUCGGUAUUGAUGCAAACGCCAGGGGAAGAAGAAAGAGAACUGUCCUUGUGCCCGAAGAAGAGAGUGAAGAUGACUCUGCUGAAGCUAUACAUGCACAGCAUCAAGCAAGGAAGGGGAAGAAGAAGGUUUCCUUUGCCGAUCUGUCACUGGAGGAGAAUGACACAGGUGCCAGCGCUGAGAGAGUGAGUACUCGACCCAAAAAGGCCAGGAAUGGAAGUGCUGUUACCAUUUCUGUGUCCUCUGGGCAUGAAGGUGAGCGCGAAGACGACGCUGUGCAAACGAAAGUAAAGGCAAAGAAGAGGAAUGGUGGUGUAUCUGUAGCUGUGGCAAUGUCAUCUGGAGAUGAAAGCGAAAGCGAAGCAAGCAUUGUCAAUGUGAAACCCACAGCAAACACCGGGAAGAGGUUGACCGGCAUUCUUAAGAAGACGAACGCUGCUGUCACUUCAGACUCGUCUGCUGCUGAGAGUGAGACUGAUGAUGCUUCCUCAAAGGGCAAGAAAACCAACGCAUCAAAGUCCAAGAAGAAAAACAAGUCAAAAGAGAAGAAACAGAAGAAUGAUGAGACUGAUACCGCUGAAUCCACUGAGGAUGACGAUUCAGGACCUCCUACUGAGACAGAGGAGGAGACAGAGGAAGAGGCCAAGGCUCAGUUCGUAAAGAAGGACAAGCAGAAGAACAAGACUACAGACAAGAAAGCCAAGGCCAAGGCCAAUACCAACAGAAAAGAGGACGAGUCAAAGUCCACGAAAAAGAAAGACGGCAAAAAGGAUGAGCAGAAGCAGAAGUCCACGAAGAAGAGUAAACCAGUUUCAGAGUCAGAAUCCGAGACCGUAUCUGAGAGCGAGCCUGAAUCAGUAGUUGAAGUCAAGUCCAAGUCCAAAUCCAAGAAGGAAAAGGGGAAGACACCAAAGGAGGUGACCAGCUACCCACCAGCUCGUACCCCUCCCUACUUACGCCAGCCCAACAUGUUGCUUCCUCCACGAACUUCUGUGAUGCAGGUUGAACAUGCAGUUGAGGUCCCGGAAGAUCCCCGUCCCAAUGCCUUCUUCGACAACGAUAGUGGUACUGCACGCGUCUACCAUGGUCCAGCGUACGGCAAUCCAUACGGGAUGCUCUACCCCAAACGUGUCUACGACUACCAGAAUCUACCAGUCGGCGUCCCACAUCCCCAACAGAAUCCGUGGUAUUAUGGCUUCCCGCCAGCGGGCGGUCAACCCGCCCCUCCAAACAUGCCGCCGCCACCAUUUGAGAGAAACGCUGCUGACGAGGCUAAUCCUUGGUUCCGAGGCUAUGGGGUAGUAGGGCCAGGACCAGCACCACCUAAUAUGCCUUUGCCUCCAGAGUUUGCACAAGCGAAAGAUAAGAGUAAAAACAAUAACGACGGGCACUACAACCAGUUACCACCAAGGUCGCGCGGGUCCAGAGACCGAGACGCAGGCUGGGACUCUAACGUUAUGCCGAUCCCACCUGCCGGGUCUCCCACUAAGGAUUCGAAUGCAUCUCAAGGCUCGAAAGCCUGUAGCUCUACCGGAAGACCGUGGGAUGCUCAGGGCGUCCCAGAUUCUCCAUGGAGCCCAGACAAGCAGACGGAGAAAAAGAAGAAGGACAGAGAUUCAAAGGCUGCCAGUGCAUCCAUGAACGCCACAGUUGCUGACAUCGGAAAGGCACUACAGCAGGUCGCCGCCAAAGACUCUGCCGACCUACGUGCUAGGGAGGAGCGCUGGAGCAACCGAAGUGGUAGCAGCAAGGUUCUCAGCCCACAGCCUGACAACUCGAGCUGGAAUAAUAAUGUUAAUGGCGGCGGAUGGAAUACUGGUAAUGCGAAUAAUGGUAGCAACUCGGGGUGGGAUAAUGCAGCAGCCAACAACAGCAACAACGACUGGAAUAACGCCAAUGCAAACAACAGCAACAACAAUGACGACUGGGGCGGCAAUAAUAACAAUACCGGCGGAUGGGACACCAAUACCAACAACAACAAUGACAGUGGAUGGGAUAACGCCGGACCAAGCAAUACCAACAACAAUGACGCAGUAUGGGGUAAUAACGACACCAACAACAACAACAACAACAAUAACGAUAAUAACGACAAGAACAACGAUUGGAAGACCACAUCCCCUCCGAUGCCAGGGACGUGGGGCAGUCCCGUGCCCUCCAACAGCAGCAACCGACCCCCGUCGAACUGGAGCGGCGGCAACGUUGCCGGAAACACCUCCUCGCCUCCCGUCGCCAGCAAAAACGGCAACAACAAAGGCAAGCAAGUCGAAUCGGGCCCCAACUGGGGAGAUACCUCGUUGGCGCAGAGCUCACGUGGGUACUGGAAUACGCCCGAGGGUAAAGCGGAUCUUGCCGAGGGAACCGGUCAUCGUAAGAAAAAUGACAACAAUGAGUCUUAGUGGUGAUGAUUUGGAUGAUACAUUUUCUUCUGAUGUAUUGUGUUGUUGAGGGCGAUUGAUAUCGUCGGCGCAAGGAGAGAUCAGGGGUUGGGGGCUCAUCUGGCUGGAUGGGAAUGG